AUGUUAAGAGAAAAGUUGAGAUCCUUGGCUAGUCAGAAUACCCAAAAGUCUUAUUAUACGCAGAGGAACAAACAUCACGAGGAUCAGCAAGUAGCAGAGGAGGAUGAGACAGGUUCUACAGAAGACAACGAGAACUUGGAGUUUCAUGUGAACGAAGAUAUGUUGAACUUUUUGGAACAGAGCAUGAAGCAUAAGAUCGAACUGAAGAAGAAACGCGACGCUGAAUUGUCCGCUGAACAAGAGGAGGAAAGGAACAAAGACGAAUGUAUUCAAGGUGGAGCUGCGUGGGUACAGGCGAGGAAUACCAAUGCAAAAUUAUUGUACGGCGAAGCUAGUGCUACAAUAUUAGCAAUGGAAACUGCCCUCCAGACUACAGUCGAUAGACACAAGGAUAAAGCGAAGCCACAAUUGUGGCCCAUUAUCCCUUUGAAACCAUAA